UCACCGCCACCCGUGAGCGAAUCGUUCGCUCGAUCUCGCUCUGUCGAUCGAGUCCGGUUGUGGAAGCCAUUUUAUUCUUGUGAAUGUGACAAAGUAGUUUUUGUGAUUUUCCGUAUAUGUAGGAAUCGUGUCAAUGUGUACCUGCAUUGAGUGUAUUUCGUGACGUGUCGUGAUAUCAAAAUUGAGAAUGUAUGUGUUUCAAAUUGGUUUGUGUUGACCUGCCCCGUUUCUUACGCGGUCGCACAGCAGGCAUCGAUUAGUGCAGCAAGGCGGCCUCUAAUAACGGCGAAUCGAGGGUGUAGGACCAGUCUCUGGGGUGCGCCAUGGGCAACAAUGCUGCCACCGCCAAUAAGAAGGUGGACGCCGCCGAAAGCGUCAAGGAAUUCCUUGACCAGGCCAAAGAGGAUUUCGAGGAGAAAUGGAAGAAGAAUCCUACCAACACCGCCGGAUUGAACGAUUUCGAGAGAAUUAAAACAUUAGGUACCGGCUCGUUCGGUCGGGUUAUGAUAGUCCAACAUAAACCUACGAAAGAAUAUUAUGCUAUGAAAAUAUUAGAUAAACAGAAAGUGGUUAAGUUGAAGCAGGUCGAACAUACGUUAAACGAAAAGCGAAUCCUUCAGGCCAUCAACUUCCCUUUCCUGGUGAGCCUCAAGUUCCACUUCAAGGACAACUCGAACCUGUACAUGGUGUUGGAGUAUGUGCCUGGCGGUGAGAUGUUCUCGCACCUGCGCAAGGUGGGGCGCUUCUCCGAGCCGCAUUCUCGCUUCUACGCGGCGCAGAUCGUGCUGGCGUUCGAGUACCUGCACUACCUGGACCUCAUCUAUCGGGACCUCAAGCCCGAGAACCUCCUCAUCGACUCGCAAGGCUACCUCAAAGUAACAGAUUUUGGUUUCGCAAAGCGCGUCAAAGGCCGUACGUGGACGCUGUGCGGCACACCCGAGUACCUCGCGCCGGAAAUCAUCCUCUCCAAAGGUUAUAACAAAGCCGUCGACUGGUGGGCGCUCGGCGUCCUAGUAUACGAAAUGGCGGCUGGUUAUCCGCCGUUCUUCGCCGACCAGCCUAUACAAAUUUACGAAAAAAUCGUUUCGGGCAAGGUCCGCUUCCCUUCGCAUUUCGGCUCGGAUCUGAAGGAUCUGCUCCGUAAUCUAUUGCAAGUGGAUCUGACCAAGCGCUACGGCAACCUGAAAGCCGGCGUGAACGACAUAAAAGGCCACAAAUGGUUCGCGAGCACCGACUGGAUCGCCGUGUUCCAGAAGAAGAUCGAGGCGCCGUUCAUCCCGCGCUGCAAGGGCCCGGGCGACACCAGCAACUUCGACGACUACGAGGAGGAGGCAUUACGUAUCUCAUCGACUGAGAAGUGCGCGAAGGAGUUCGCCGAGUUCUGAGCGCGUAGCUGGUGCCUGCGAGCGGACACUCCCCUCAGUAGGUGUUUUUAGUGAAUCUUCCGUGACAUUGUGGUCGUGGAACGGUGACGUGUGCGUCUCUUUGCCGCAGCUUUGGGUGAUUAUAGACGCUGAGGCGGCCCCUGGCUGGCACCCCAUGUGGAUCAAAUUUGGAGUGUAGGCAAGAUGAUAGUAGAACUGAUUUCCGAUAUUUCGGUGGCGUUCAUUUGCUUAGUGCCCUUUCAAGUUGACAUAACAUAGAGCAGGUAGAGAAGCAGAAGUGAUCCUUGUUCUGGUGAUAUCCCGAGUGUUACCACUGACACAUUGUACCGCAGCGUUACUCCAGCACUCAAUGUCUUGCUACCGGUCGCUCAUACCGUACUCGGUAGUUUGCUGUUGAUAGCAUUGGGAUGUGGUGAGCUUUAUUAUUAUAUAAUAUUUUUUAUUGUUUUUACGGAAUCGAGAAUACAAUUUUAUAAUAUGUAAUUAUGAUCAAAUUUUUCUUGUUGCUUUUAAGAUUCACGGUGGAACUUCUCAAUUUGGAUUUUAUCUAAUUACAUCACUUGUUCAUCAACUUAGAGCAAUUACGACGACCAUCACUAAUACUUUAGUACAUUACUGAAUUGAAUUUUCCUAAACUGUAUUACUUAUCUUGAUGGAAUGUUAUCAUUAAUUAUUAUGUAUAGGUUCUAAUUAAUUGACAUUUCGUUAUUGGUUUUAUUUAUAGUGUUAAUAUUGUUGUAUCAGUUGAUAUUUUUAACUAAGGAACUAUAACUACAUCAAACUAUUGAAGAGAUUAAUUUAUUGUAUAUGUAUUCAUAUUGUAGUUGUGUUCACAUGUGCAAUUUGACCUGUGUUUGUGAUCUGAUGUGAGGUUUCAUUUGAAUUAAGUAUAAUUUGUAUUAGUUCCUUAUUUUGUAGGUUUAAGUGUAGUUAUGUUAAUUGUAGAGUCAACCAUUCAGAAGUGCAUGAAUACAUCUAUUCUAAAGUCAGCCUCGACAAACUGUGCUAUGACCUGGCCUUAUUGCUAGCAUCAGUUUAUGAAUAAAAAGCAAUAAAUAUUGUUCAUUUAAACAUAUUCCAAUUUGCAACAAUAUUUCUGUCCUGUUAAAUGUUUAUAGUUUUAUACAUUACAACUUGGUAUUCAGCACAAAAUAAGACAUGAGAGAAUUUUUAUAUAUGAGAUAUUGUUUUCAUUAAGAAUAGGAAUAUGUUUAAAGGUACCUAGUGUUAGAUCAUUGAAGCGCGGCGGCGCCGCGUCGAUAUCUUGUCAUUGAGACUGAUGGUAUCAAUAAGCUGUAUAAUGAGGACUAAUAUCAUUACGAUCAGGUUCAGCUAUUCAUUUGGAUCCCACCAUUCUCUGGAGUGUGUGAUACAGCAAUGAUUAAUUGGCAAUGUUUACUAUAAAGUUUGUUAGCUAUUAGCUGUAGGACUUUGAAUUCAGGCUGUACAAAUAAAUAUCUAGUAAUUCGUAGUGCAUUUUACAUUGUGUACAUUGUGAGCGUCUGUGGUAAUAGUUAUUAGGUUGAAAUCAUGGGAAGGUUACUUAACUGCUCUGUGCACAUUCAUAUUUAUUAUAAAAUGUUACUGAUGUGACUUGAGCUAUGUCUGAUGCAUGCAUAUGAUUGUCGUCUUUGAGUUAGUACUGUCCUCGUUCUUACAAUUGGAACUGGUCAACUUAUGAUAAUAACUACUUGUAAAAUCAUAUCAAAUUGUACACUAAAUUAAUUAUUUUGAGUCAAUGUAUAUUGUAAAUGAUGCAUUCUCAAUCUUUUCUAUGAUCAAUCAAUGUCAAACUUCAAUUAUGAAUUUGUAUUCAAAGAAAUUGCUUAUUUAUACAUUUUUUUACUAAGCACUGUGCUAUGUAAACAAUGUCUUGUGGUGAAAUGUCUAUUGACAAAUUUUGAAUCCUUUGAAAUCAUGAUUUUCUUAUAUUUUAUUAAUCAUAGGUCUUAAAAUCAAUACCUAUAAUUUUAUUUGGUGCCAUAAUUAUAUUUUUUGGAAAUGGUCCUGCUGUGUAAAUAUUUAGAUCAUAUUGUUAAUGUUUUUAUUCUCUUUAUUAUUAUAAAAAAAAUCAUUGCCUACCCACUUGUAUACAACUAUUUAUUGCUGUGCUAAAUCGGUACUCUUAUUGCAUAUUGUGUCAGUAUUAAACUUUGCACCGUUUAAUUAAGUCAUAAAGUAAGUCUCGAAGUAUCAGUGAAUAGUAGAACAAUACUUAAGUAGCUAGUCACUUCAUACUUGUUAUUUUUUUAACUAAACGCUGUUUCAGAAGUGGCAAUGUUAAACGCUUUGUGUCCAAACACUUAGAAUAUUUAUUAAGAUAUAGAUAGUAGAGUUUUUAGAUUAGUUAAUUUCAAAGUUCUAAAUGAGAGCAUACCAAGUCUAAAGGCAUACUGCAUUGAGUGUAAUGUAUUGUGCAGUGGGAGAUGUGUGAAAUUCUGUCUGAGAUAUCACACUAAAUGUAUGGCAGAUCGCAAAUCUACAGCAUUUGGUGUGCCAUCUUUCUUAGAAUUUGAUACAUCAAAACUGCUCACGCAAUGCACCCAUGCUGGUAUGGCCAAGCUUCAAGUGAAUAUCACGCCACAUUUCCAUCUGGCAUCAUUGAGUCGAAGGCAAACUAUUAAUUAACAGUUCUCAGAUGGCUUUCGAGACAUUGUUCUCAGAGGCAGUUAUUUUUUAUUACUAGAAGCUUAUCUAUUUUCUAUUAUCUGAGCAGUUUGCCUGAGGACUAAUGAAUUAUUUGCUACUUUGUAAGAAAGCGACAUUCACCAAUUAGACAUUGUUUAACCAAUCUAACGCUGUUGUUUCAAAAUCGCGAAAUCUAACUCGUGCAGUUUAGUAGUGUCAACGCAGCGUUUAAUUUUUAAAUAUUGUAUCGACUAAUAAGAGUAUCUGAUGUGUACCCUUCGUUACAGUCAUUGUAUAUAACUGUAGAGUGAUCGUAUCCCCAGUUAUUAGGAGAUUCGGUAUCAGCUUUGAUAACCGCGGUCUUUCAUUCCAAUUAGCUUCAUAACUUGCUCAUCGACACAAUAUGAACGUUCUAAUGUGAACAUUUUAAGCCAUUUUGGAUAUUAUAAACAUUAGUGUGACCGUAUGUGUAUUUGCGAACCGUCGUCUUUUUAUAUCUGUGCGUAUUAAAUAUUCAAAUGUUCACAUCUAGAUCUAUUAUAUCGAGUGCCUAUAGCAUUGAAAGUUCAAGUGUAAAAAGUCAGUUAAUUUCAGUAAUUAUUUGUCACCAUGUAUUGAUCUUCCAUAAAAUUACGAUGAAAUUAAAAUAUCGAUGUAACAGUAAA